AAAUUUUGAACUCCGGGAACUAGAGAGGGUUUUGGUUUCCCACCCAAACGAAACCGCGCCUUUGCACACUCACUCACUCCAUUAUUCAAAAGUUCAAACCCAAGCGCAAGCUCAAAACUCUCUCCUGGUUGCUCCCCCCUCUUCCCUCUCCAACACUCUCUCAGUCAUUGCUUGUUAAUUUGGAAAAUGAAUUGAAAUAAUAGGUAAGAAAUGGCGGGGAAAGGAGGGAAGGGCCUCUUGGCGGCCAAGACCACCGCGGCCAACAAGGACAAGGACAAAGACAAGGACAAGAAAAGACCCGUUUCCAAGUCUUCCCGUGCCGGAAUUCAGUUCCCUGUGGGUCGCAUUCAUCGGCACCUAAAAACGAGGAUCUCUGCGAAUGGCCGUGUUGGGGCCACUGCUGCUGUUUACUUGGCUUCAAUUCUGGAAUACCUGACUGCAGAGGUGCUCGAGCUUGCUGGGAAUGCAAGCAAAGAUUUGAAGGUGAAGAGAAUCACGCCCAGGCAUUUGCAACUGGCUAUCAGAGGAGACGAGGAGCUCGACACGCUGAUCAAAGGAACCAUUGCUGGAGGUGGCGUCAUCCCCCACAUUCACAAGUCCCUCAUCAACAAAACCUCUAAAGAUUAGGCUCUUUUGCAGCAAAUUCAGUAAAACAAAAGAUGUUAACUGUAGGCUAAUGUGUUUGGUUUGCGAGUCAUUUCAGUAUUUGGCAGUGUAGACUUUUCAAUUUUAAUGUAGAAGUAUGUUCAGAUCAGCUAGCUAGCUAGGAUAGGAUAUAUGGGCUAAUCUUUUAUGUCUUUAUCUUGUAUCUUUGUUUAAGGCAGGAGUGCUGUUUGUUGAAUGGUAUUUGAUCGUGGUUCAACCAUGGUGUCCUGAAAUCUGAUUAUUUGGUGUUUAGAUA